ACCUGUUAUGCAGCCUCAAAAUACAACAUUUAAAAUCUUUCCAUGUACUACCUGCAGCUGUAUGCAUAAUUUAGAUGUGUCAGAGUUCAAACAACGUCAUGACUAUUUAUUAUGAACAAAGGGGCAUACCACCAUGACUUACCAGGUGGAAAUUCCCUGAGUAUCAUUUCUAAAAGACGAUAUGAUUUCAUGGGUUUUUCCAUGACAUACCCCUUACUGAUUGGCCACUGACAUUGGGGCUUCCCCCUUUCCUUGAAGCUAUAAAAGCCAGGCAACAAGAGUCAAUAGUAAUCUUGCUCCCUAGCUGUGUUACUGGAAGCAAAGUCGGAGGUCAACUGUCACAAAAGGGAAUUCCAAGUCUAAGAGUCCUCAUACAGAAGACCUGACGUUACAUCAGAGUUUUCCUGUCAAAUUACACUUCAAAACCAGAGAUGGCAGACAUCACCUUCUCAGAGAUGAUGGGAGGCUCUGUCUGCAAACCAAAACCUGAGGGGGAUACACUAUCAGCAUUCUUUGCUGGAGUGUUUAGUGACGGGUUGGUGCCUUUAUGGGAUGGAAGGGGCAAGAGUCUUAGUGUUCAACUCAAGCUAGGAGUAGGAAAGUCAUCAUUCCUAAAUGAUCCGUUGAAGCUGCAGCUGCAGGACAGGCUUCUGCAAAGGACAAGCUUAAGGGAGAUUGUCAAAGAGGACACAAGCUGGAUAUGGCAAAAUGCUUCCAUCACAAUCUUGUGUGGUGCAGGGGACAGUGGAUAGUAAGCCUGACACAGCCUGGCUACAUGUACAUGUAUCUGCUGUUAAAAAUACUGGUUGCGUAGCAGUGGUGGUCAAAAAUUAGACAAAAAAGACAAAAAAAUCAGAUUAUCAGCAAUUGGCCUUUAUCUGUCAGAUAUCUUUCAUUUGUUAUAAACAGUCAUUAUUUUCAGAAAGUCAUACUUCAGAAAAGUUUACAUUUGCACAUUUCUGAUUUUGAUGAGUUUCAAGAAUAACAGUACAUGUAGCUACACACUGUACAUGUAUCUAUACCAAAAUACCAAAGGCAAACAAAGAAGCCAAUUUGUUAUACAUGUACACUAUAUAGUGUAAUACAUAAUACAUGUAUUAAGUGUUAAGUGUUAUCUUUUCCUGGUAUGACUAAAAUGUUUGUGUAUAAGGAAAAUGAUAUCUAUGAUGGUAUACAUGUAGCUGAGACACAAGUACAAAUGUUUCAUGUACAAGAAAGGAGAAAGUUUUGGAGCUGCUUAACUACUGACUGAUAAGGAAAUGGAAAGACUUGUAAACUUUUGAUGCAUUGAUAUUUUUGUUCUCCUUGUGUGCAGUGUGUCUAUAAUUACAUUUACUGGAUGGUUCAAACAUUUAGCAUUCUUUCAGUUGUAAUAAUAUAACCAGCACCAUCAAAUAUAAAAAGAGUACAUGUAUUGUGAAA